UGGCCCCCGCGAGUGCCGAACCCCCAGGGGCCGGAUGCCAUGGGUAACAACUUCUCUAGUAUCCCCUCUCUGCCCCGAGGAAAUCCGAGCCGGCCGCCGCGGGGCCACCCCCAAAACCUCAAAGACUCUAUCGGAGGUCCCUUCCCUGUCACCUCUCACCGAUGCCACCACAAGCAGAAGCACGGCCCGCCGGUGCUGCCCGGUGGGGUGCUCCUGGCCACACCGCUGCUCUUCCACCCACACACCAAGGGCUCCCAGAUCCUCAUGGACCUCAGCCACAAGGCCGUCAAGAGGCAAGCCAGCUUCUGCAAUGCCAUCACUUUCAGUAACCGCCCGGUCCUCAUCUAUGAGCAAGUCAGGCUGAAGAUCACCAAGAAGCAGUGCUGCUGGAGCGGGGCGCUGCGCCUGGGCUUCACGAGCAAGGACCCCUCCCGCAUCCACCCCGACUCGCUGCCCAAGUACGCCUGCCCCGACCUGGUCUCCCAGAGUGGCUUCUGGGCCAAGGCACUGCCUGAGGAGUUCGCCAACGAGGGCAACAUCAUCGCCUUCUGGGUGGACAAGAAGGGCCGCGUGUUCUACCGCAUCAACGACUCGGCCGCCAUGCUUUUCUUCAGCGGGGUCCGCACGGCUGACCCGCUCUGGGCCCUGGUGGACGUCUACGGCCUCACGCGGGGCGUCCAGCUGCUUGACAGCGAGCUGGUGCUGCCCGACUGCCUGCGGCCGCGCUCCUUCACCGCCUUGCGGAGGCCGUCGCUGCGGCGCGAGGCAGACGACGCUCGCCUGUCCGUGAGCCUGUGCGACCUCAACGUGCCGGCGGGGGAAGGUGACGAGGCCACGCCGGCCCCUGGCUGCCCCAUCCCGCAGAACUCGCUCAACUCGCAGCACAGCCGCGCUCUCCCUGCGCAGCUCGACGGCGACCUACGCUUCCACGCGCUGCGCGCCGGCGCGCACGUCCGGAUUCUGGACGAGCAGACGGUGGCGCGCCUGGAGCACGGGCGCGACGAGCGAGCACUCGUCUUCACCAGCCGCCCGGUGCGCGUGGCCGAGACCAUCUUCAUCAAGGUCACGCGCUCGAGCGGUGCACGACCCGGCGCGCUCUCCUUUGGCGUCACCACGUGCGACCCCGGCACGCUGAGGCCUGCGGACCUGCCCUUCAGCCCUGAGGCCCUGGUGGACCGCAAGGAGUUCUGGGCCGUGUGCCGCGUGCCCGGGCCCCUGCACAGUGGCGACAUCCUGGGCCUGGUGGUCAACCCUGACGGCGAGCUGCACCUUAGCCACAACGGCGUUGCUGCGGGCAUGCAGCUGUGCGUGGACGCCUCGCAGCCGCUCUGGAUGCUCUUCGGUCUGCAUGGGGCCAUCACACAGAUCCGCCUCCUCGGCUCCACCAUCCUUGCCGAGCGGGGCAUCCCAUCGCUUCCGUGCUCCCCCGCCUCCACGCCAACCUCGCCCAGUGCCCUGGGCAGCCGCCUCUCCGACCCCUUGCUCAGCACCUGCAGCUCGGGACCCCUGGGGAGCUCUGCUGGCGGGACAGCCCCCAACUCACCGGUGAGCCUUCCCGAGUCACCAGUGACCCCGGGCACGGGCCAGUGGAGUGACGAGUGCACCAUCUGCUACGAGCACGCAGUGGACACGGUCAUCUACACGUGCGGCCAUAUGUGCGUCUGCUACGCCUGCGGUCUGCGCCUCAAGAAGGCUCUGCACGCCUGCUGCCCCAUCUGCCGCCGCCCCAUCAAGGACAUCAUCAAGACCUACCGAAGCUCCUAGCCCAGCGAGGUGCCCCCUCCACACGCCCACCUCCCCAGCUCCAGCCAAGGGGCACACCGACAGGGGCCCUUCUCUUCUUCCUUCUCCAUUAAACCUAAGGCUCCUGCAGGUUUGGGGAGCAAAGGGGUAUCAUACAGGGAGGUGGGGGCGGAAGCAGACUGUCUGGCGGAGGGGAGGGAAGGAGUCCACACUUUGUCUGCUCCCCUCUCUCUGCGCCCAGCUCUUCCCUUCAUGCUGAGGGGCUACACUGGGGUCUCGGUCUGUCCCAAUCCUUCCCGACAUGGGACCGACUUCUGGGAGGUCCCUCUAGCCCACGUGGCACCUUUAUGAGAAUUAGAAGGUGUGUCCCUCCCUCUGGGCAGAUGUGGCCCUGAGCCAGGGCACGUGCCUUGGCUAGUGGAGUAUGGACUGGACGUCAGCCUCCGUUCGCUCCCGCAGCCCACCACCUGCGUGCGGUGCUCAGCCCGCCCCGCAGCAGCCCUGGCGGGUGGGCCCUGAGCUGCGGCCUUACUCUCACCUACCCCACCCUCUCCCUCUUCCCUGCCCGGUGGCCCUGGCAGCCGCAGGGGAAAAAGGCCAGCGGCUCCCUCCCCCGGGCAGGUGGCGGCCCCCAGACCGUGCCCAUCUCUCACUCGCCCAGGGUGGGCAGUGUGCAGGCUGCAGGCGGCCGCAGGUCCCGAGUCCCCGGCCCUGUGCCCUGGCAGAGAUGCGGAGGCCCCGUCCUGGCUGUGGCCUUUCUGCCCCGAUCAUCUGGCCCCCCGGCGUGGGCUGGAGAGCAGGGUGUGUGGUCUGUCCGGGUCUCCAGGAACGGGUUUGCGUCUGCUCUCUGACCAGCGGACCUCCUGUGUCUCAGUGCUGGCCUGGGCCUGGCUGCUGCUCAGCUGCUGCCGCGUCCCCAGGAGGGGCCAGGGCGCGGGGCUGGCGGCAGGGAAGUUUCUCGGAGUAAGACCAGCCUUU